AUGCAGGGGGCCACUGAUAUGCUCAAAGACAUUGUGGAAGGGGAGGAUGGGCCUCGUGGGUUUCUUGAAUCGAAAGUGACUCGGUCCAAGACGAGUUACAAUCUUGAAAGGAAAACCAGAUAUCUCGCGAUGGUCUGCCCCAUAUGGGGCCUGGAGGCCGAUUCUUGGGCUAUGGAGUGGCUCGAGUUAGCGGGCAAGCAUGGGCCGGAUUGGGGGCCCGACCUCCCUAUGCUCCCAUCACCGACCGAUGGGGGUCGGUGGCAGGCUGCGCCGAUGAGUGCACAGGCUGGCGCGAGGUGGCUGAGACAUCUGCUAUAUCGCGCUGGGGAAGACGUGGCUGCAGUCAAGAGCCUUGGGACGCACAGUCUCAAGGCAACCCUUUUGAGCUGGAUGGCGAAAUGGGGUGCGAGCAGGGAAGUGCGCGCUGUCCUUGGUUAUCGUUCGAGUGCUAGCCGUGGAUCCGAAGUUGUGUACGGGAGGGACAACGUUGCACCUGCCCUUAGGGAGUUGGAAGAGAUGAUUGGGUCGGUUGCUCACCGACGCUUCUUCCCAGAUUCAACUCGUUCGGGGAUGUUUUCUGAGACCUUGGCUGCUCGCAAGAAGGACUCUGCGGAUUGCGAGGAUAUCUCGGAUUCAUCAUCGGAUCGGAGCGCCGAUGAGGAGGAGCCAGAUGGAGGCGAGGAGGAGAAAGCCGUUGAAGACAGCGGUGGUGUCUUCGAGCCAUCAGAGGGCCUUCGUGAGGGGCUUGACGGUUUUUGCAUCCUGUCUGUAG